AUGGAUGAAUCGAUCUUAAAUCAUCUUUUUCUUCCAUAUUACUUACCGUCAUCUGCUGAUCAUGAUCAUCUAUCAAAAGAGAAUCAUCUUCAUGAAAAUGAAAUCUUGGAAUUUGUAAAUGAAUAUUUCAAUUGCAUCAAAUUAACUGAGAUAGCAACUAAGUUACCAGUAUUUCCUAUUCUUACGGAUUGCAUUCAUCGCUGGUCUCGUUUACAGAGCCCCCACAAUUUUGCUAUAUCGAAUAUUCAAUCCACUAUUGAACAUCUACCGCCAGGAAACUUUCUUCCUCUCUAUUUUCAUAUGCAAAAUGCUGCAAUUUUAAUUGAAAUCGAUCAAAAUAAUAGUUAUCAACCAUUAAUCUCAGCAUGGAAAGUCUUAUUAUCUAGCGCGUCGAUUACUUCUUCCAUCAUACCGCAUUUCUCCUGUUUUCCAGUAAAAACAUACAGACUACGCGAUCGAUCUGAAUUGAUCUCUAAAGUUCAUUGUGAAUUGUUGAUUGAUUUCAUGUACAAUACCAUUGAAUAUUCCAAAUCUAUUAAAUCUUCUAAUAUAGUAGACGAAAUACGUGAAGUACCAAAAUCACAUUAUGUUUGUAAAUGGUGGAUUGACCAAUUUGAAGGAAUAGAGGCUGAAGAAGAUUCUCAUAACCUAACACAGUUUAAGAAAAAGCAUCGUGAUCAGAUUCGAUGGAACGCUGCCUUGGCACCAUUUCGUCGUUCAGGCUUAUGGAUGACUAUUAAAGUAGUGAUACAUACUAUUUUAAACAAGCAUUUGAAAGACCUUGGUACUGUCGUAUAUAAAUUAUUAAUGACUCAUCUGCUCACGCAUGUUAUUUGUACAAGACAAACGUCGAUCGAUCUAUUAGUUCAUUGUACCAGAAAAAUCGUACGAAGAUUAGAUAAAAUAGACAAAUUAUUAAUGGCUCUUAACACGACCGAGAUGAAUACAUGGAUUAUAUACACAAAACAACAAAUAGAAUUGAAAAUAAAUCAAAUAAUUCCUAAGCCAAAUUGGCAAGAUGAAAUUAAGAUGAACGAAAUCUUGAAACGAAACUCUCUAUUAAAAAAUUUAAAUUCUAUUAAAUAUCGAAGUGUUUCUCAAUGCUGGUGUAGAAAUUUGAAAGCUUAUUUGAAUAAUAAUAAUUUCAGUAAAACAUCUGUUUUAUACAAAAAUAAGAACAAUUCUGAUGAUUCGGUUAAUCUAAAUGAAAACGAUUAUAUACCUUCAUAUAACUUCUUGACAAAUCAAAUGAAAUGUACCAUUGAUAUUGCUUUGAUUUCCAUGGAAAUCUGGACUGAAUUAUGUUUAGAACAAUGGAUAAAUCGUUCAUUAUCAACUAUAAAUGGAAAUCAUCGAUUUGCAAUUAUAUUAGAUUUUUAUGAAACAUAUCAGAAGGUAGCAUUGACACAUUAUUGUUUAGAACAAAAUUUAACAGAUCCAAUAGGUUAUAGUCGAUUCAUACUAACAUCAUUGACAGUAAUUUAUUGUCUUCAUAGAAAAUUAUGCCAACAUAAAAUGUUUGAACGACUUCAACUACACUCCAUACAUAUUCCAAAUUUGAUAGAACUAUUCGAAUUUUUAGUCUUACCAAAUCGUAACGAUAUGAUAAGAGCUCGCAAUCUCUAUGAUUAUUUUAAUGAAUUUCGUCAAAAACAAUAUCCAGAUCUUUUACAUGAUAUCAAAUCCGAAAAUGCUUUUGGCGUAUAUUUUGCUGCUCGAUCACAGGUGAUGAAUGAAAGCAUAAACAAGAUUCGAAUUCAAGUUGAAAAGGAUAAACAAGACAAAAUCAGAGAAGUAGCUAGUGUUAAGGAAAAAUACGAGCAAUUGAUGGAUGAAAUCAAGAAUCAGCCUUGUAAAUGUCGUGACGAUUCUCAUAGUAAACAAUGUGUUCGAUAUAAAACUGUGGAAAAAGCGAAGCAAAUGAAAGUUAGCAUUUUCGAAUCUCCCUUACCAUUACAACACGAGAGUGCACUAGCUGUUAUUUUUGAAUUGCAAAUGCCAAUUGAAAUUAGAUGUUAUCGAGAUAUUAUCUGGCAAUUUAUAAAUCGUCUCCAAACAAAACUGCAAGAAAAGAUAUAUGAAUGGUUAAAUGUUCUACCUCAUAAAGAUAAACUGAAAGCAUAUUAUACUGGUCCUCGAAAUCCCAAAGUCAAACUAGUAUCUCGAAUUAAAUCCAUGAAUCAAUCACAUUAUAGUUCUCCACCAUCGGUUGGAUCUACACCACUUGAAAAUUUUCUAUUGGAAAAUGGUCUGAAAGUUGAAAUCUCUGCAACUACACCAGUUGAAUUUGAAGAUGAAUGUCGUAUUUUGACGCCUCAACUAGAUCAUUCAGAUUACAAGCAGUUACAAUAUGCAAUAAACAAUACCCAAUUCGUACAAAACGAUGUCAUUGCUCAUUCAUCUGCUUGUUCAACACGCUUGAAACCUAAAGAAUUCGUAGAAUAUGGGUCAUUUCGUUCAGGACAUCGUUUACAAUGGUGGAAUUUAUUGAUCAUUCUCGAAAUGGACUCAUUGUCUGUUGUAGAAGAAAGUGUAGCAAUAUUAAUCAUACAUUCAUUGCUUCAAUACGGUCCGUUGACAGUAGACUCGAUGAAUUUGUCUCAUUGUUGGUGUCCAGAAUCACAUCAGCAAUUAUUACAAGAUCAUUUUGUUGAUGAAUUGAUCUUACGAUUGGAUCAUCGUUUAAAUGAGUGUGAAUUGAAUUGGCAGAAUGAAUUAGCUUUAAUGGUUAUUGUAAUAAUUACCAUGAGAAUAUUGACAAUUUGUAACUCACCAAAAGAGAAUGAAGUUAUUCAUUUAGUUAAAAAAUGUCGAAAGAUCGGCGAAAAAUGGGUUGAUCUCAUUACAGAAAGUAUUCGAACUAUAUCUCGAUCAGCAUUUGAUGAAAUAGAAAAACUUCGUCUAAAAGUAAUAAACGUUAGUGUUUCCUGUAUCUUAACAUUUUCAACUCACGAGGAUCGAAUUAAUUAUUUACUAUCGUCGAAUGAAGAUUUUAUAUUCUUACUCAAAGCAGCAACCACUAUUCAUGAUAGUAUUAUUCUAAUUACAAAUCGAACUGAUAUCAAUGCUUUUAUGAACAAUAUGAUAAGAUUUAGCCAACGUGUCUUAGUAAUCGUACAACCGACAAUUGAAAAAAUUCUUUGCAAAACAUCCUAUGACAGUUUAAAUGAAUUUACUGUCAUGUAUUGGACAGUUCUGAAUGGGAAAGAGAAGAUGAAAGGAUGCUGGAAAAAACGAAAACGAUAUUCUUUCGAUGGAUGGUACGAUUGUCAAUAUAGGUCACGAUGUAUAUCAAUUGAUUGCAUCAAAGGAGCAUUUUUAGUCGAUGGUAUGACUAUAGGUUUCUUACCUGAAAAAAUUAUCUUUGAUGACUUAUUUAUACGGGUGUUCGGGCAACACGUGUUCGAAGUUCAAGCGGCUGAAUUACCGAAUACUUAUAUUACGAAACAUUCGUACCAUAGUAAUAGACAAGUUCUCUAUGAAUUUCAUCUCAAUAACGAAACGAAUCAGUUAGUAAUUCGAGAGCGACAUCUCGAUACAAAUGAUAUAUUUCAAUUGGUUCAUUAUAAAUAUUUUCAGACUGAGCUACCAGAUAUUUUUGUGUCUAAUUAUAGUCACUGGUGGAAUACAAAAAAUCAAUUAAUCGAAUUCCGACCUGUUGCAUUUCAAGAUGUAAAUUUUUUGAAGAAUAAAUUCUACAUUUUAUCUCUGGAUACAGGAUAUUUUGUGACAAAUAACGGUGCGAAAAAGCAAACUUUGGUCAAUCAAUCAUCGCCAUUGUUUCAAACUCUAUUUUUACGAUAUUUUAUUCGUCUUGAUGAUCAAUCCUAUGUCUACAUGAUGCAAGAUAAUGCUUCUCAGGCCGAUCCAAUCAUUGAUAUUCAUUUAUCUCGUUUAAGAAUUGCUUUUCAAUACAAUAUGAGAACUACAUUAAUUGCAUCACGUGAAUAUGCAAAUAUGUAUGUCGAUGAAAAUCAAUGGUUGGGAACAUUAACAGGUUUAACAUUUGGUCUUCUUUUAUCACCAUUGCCUAUCGAUAAUCACAGAUUGUACUAUUAUCCAUAUCGAAAACUAAUUGUACCUUUUGGAAAGAUUGAUGGUGUAAAGACUCCAAAUAAUCAACAUCAAACAGUUACUAUUCAACGAAGAAGAACAUCAUCAGACGAGUUUCUUUGUCACUAUUUUGUUUUCAUUUUGAAUGAUCAAUUACGUAUUCUUCAGUCAACCGAUAGUCCAACUGGAUGGCUUUAUUUAGCAUUACUACAUGCAAUUACUUCUAAUCUUUUACCAGAUCAAUAUACUGGAAUGACUGGAAUGGAACGUGCUUUCCAAUUACUAAAUUCAGCUGCUUGCUGGUCUGAUCAACCUUUUGACUCACUUUCUCUAGACAUAUUAACACAAAUUGCAGCUAUUUCACCAAUAGUUCAUUAUUAUCCUGCACAUCUCACUUGUAUGCAACAAAUCGAAUGGAAUUCUAAUGGUUUAGAACCUUCUAUGCAACAUUUUGGUUAUUAUUUAAUAGCAAGUCAUUUAAUAAAAAACAGUCAACAACUGAAUUUUAUGCAUUCAUCAUCGGUUUCUAAUGAGAUUCCAAAACUCUUUAAAGAAAAACUAAAUGAUGAAGCAUUGUUGAAAAAACUUUAUUGGGACUAUCGAGAUUCCUAUAAUCCUACAGCCAGAUUAUCUGUAGAAAUAGAAGUUGACAUCUUGCAUACCGUUGCAACAGAAUCAUAUUCUUUGACCUCCAAGCUUCGUUCGAGUGCGACGAAUGAUCCUAUUUCCUCUCUCGCGGAUGAUCUGUACAGUAGAGGAAAUGUCAAUCUUGAAGACUGUUCGAAUCGAAAUUGGCUACCAUUAUCUCAAUGGGUAAAUGAGAAAGAUCAAUUGAAAAAUAUUUGGGUUGGUUUGUUAGCAUUAGCUGUUCGUUCGAAGAGUCUAGAAGCUGAAGGCGAUGUAGAUAAACUUCAACAGUUCGUGAAACUAGUGGAUUUUCUUCAUUUUAUUUCUCCAAAGUGUACAAGCAAACUCUUUUAUUUGCAACUACUAAAAACAGCGUCGAAGGUGCCGAUCAUCACAUUAAAAUCGAUCAUAUUUCCUCCAUUUAUUGAAUAUCAGUAUGUUGGGGAAGUUUCAGUCGUUGAAAACCGUUUUAAGUUCACAAAGAGUCAAAAGUCAAAUAUACGAAAUCAAAUUAUAACAGAAAUCCAGAGAUGUUGGACAAUGAAUAUCAAUUAUCAAGGUGUCAAUAAUCUGUCAAGUCCUGCUGAAAUAUCUGAGAUCAACAUGUUAUUAAAAUCUUGGCGAUCGAAUGGAAGACUUCAAUCGUUUUUAGCAGAUGUUAAACAGCUUCUCUCUUCCUUUCCUACAGAACAAUUUCACACUAAAGUAUCUACAGACUCUCAACAAUUUAUACAAGAAUCACCUGUGGAACAUCAUCGAAUACAACUCGAAUGUGUUAGAAGAUCAAUUGAUAAUGAAAUGUUAUCGAAAGCGGAACGAAAGUUUCAUCAUCCUUAUUCAGAUCCUUAUAAAAAAUGCAAUGUAUCUGUUCCAUUUAGUCAGCUGCAAAAUGAAUUUCCAGAGCAAAUAUUUCCUUUCGUCAGCGAGAAAAACAAUUCUCUAAAUGCAAUCGAAAACUAUUUUCAAAAUCAAUUAGCUGAAAGUUGGAUAAAAUUUCGCGCAGAAGAAAAAUGUGAGAAAGAAUGUCCUUCCAUCCAGGAAAUUAAUGAACUUUUAAAUUCUAUUCAAGAAGAGUCUAUACAAUUCUGGGAUGAACUGAGCAAAUCUAUUACAUUAUCCAAUGAACUAUCAUUCAAUACUGGUUUAGUAACACGAAUUACACCCACGACUCUCAUAAGAAUUCUUCAACAAGAAACCAUGAUGCAUUGUGAAAAAACUUCGUCGUUUGACUUGAGCAAUGGACAACGUACGCUACUCGGUGGCGCUAUUGUCAAUUGGAUUUUAGAACAACAAAUAGUCAGAGCAUUGCACUUUGCCAAUCACCAAAAAUAUAAUGAUUUUAGAACUGAAUUAUCAAAUAUACCUCAUUCAAAUUGGACACCAUCUGAACAUGUUUCUUGGUUAAUUCUAGAAUUAGAGAUGAACAUUAUCAUUCGAGAUAUUCAAAUUACAGUGGCACGUCAUAUGAUGCAAUCAGAUACAUCAGAAACUGAUUCAACAACAAAAAACAUAGUAAUGCAAUUGAAUAUGGGCGAGGGAAAAACUUCAGUCAUUUUACCUAUGUUAGCCGUUAGUUUAUCUUCAACUAAUUCGUGUUUUGUUCGUAUAAUAGUGCUUAAAUCAUUAUUUCCAACAAAUUACCAAUCCUUACGAUACAAGUUAGGUGGUUUGUUGAAUCGACGAAUAUUUUCAUUUGCAUGUCGUCGUGAUAUGAAUUUAAAAAAUGAACAAAUAAACCAAAUAUUUGAACGUCUUAAGCAAGGACUAUGCCAUAAUGAUGUCAUGUUAACAUCACCCGAAGAUAUUCUUUCCUUUGAUUUGCUCACGAUAGACAAAUGUAGACGAAAGGAAUUUGAUAUUGGUCAAUCGAUGUUAAUCGUUCAACGAUGGCUAAAAGCGUAUGCACGUGAUGUUUUAGAUGAAUCCGAUGAAAUUCUACAUGUUAAAUACCAAUUAGUUUACACCGUAGGUGAUCAAAAACAAGUUGAUGCAGGCGCUGAACGAUGGAAAAAUAUUCAAUCGAUACUUGAAUUAGUUAAAAAACAUGCUGCUGAAAUUUCAAACCGUUUCAGUGAAAAAGUCUGUUACAAACCAUCUGAACGAAAAAGUGCUUUUCCACAAUUUCGUUUACAAUCACAUCAUCCAUAUUCAGUACUCUGUGAGAAUAUAGCUCACGAUUGGAUUGAGAGCAGAAAUUGUCGAAAUACUGAUAAAGAACUUAUUUUAUCAUUCAUUUUGAAAACAAAUUUAUUAGUUGAAGAUCUAGUCGGUAAAUUUCCCCCGUAUGAUAUUCAAUUGUUUCUCAUCGUACGUGGUUUAUUAUCAUCAGAAAUUCUAUUAUUUGCUUUGAAAAAACGAUAUCGAGUUAGUUAUGGUGUGACUCUGAAUUCGUCGUUUCAUCGUCUAAUGGCUGUACCAUUUCGGGCAAAGGAUGUUGCUGCUGAUAGAACUGAAUUUGGUCAUCCUGAUAUUGCUUUAGUUUUAACACAUCUUUCCUAUUAUUAUUCUGGUUUGAAUGAUUGUCAAUUGACUCAAUGUUUCGACCGUUUGAGUGAAAAAGAAAAUGAUGCUGAAACAAUUUAUGAACAAUGGAUUUUAUACGAACAACAAGAUGGAAUCCCUGCAAGUAUUACGAAAUGGAAAAGUGUCAAUUUCAAAGAUUAUCAUCAACGAAUUCAUUGUAUCUUUCCCACUUUUCGACAUAAUAUGUUAGUUAUCAAUUAUUUUCUCAAUCAUUUUGUCUUUCCUCGAGAAGCAAAAGAAUUUCCUUAUAAAAUAGUUUCAUCUGCUUGGGAUUUAUCUUCAGAUAUACGGUCAAAACCUAUCACUGGAUUUAGUGGUACAAAUGAUACUCAAUUAUUAUUACCUGUUCAUAUUCGUCAAUAUGAUUUAUUUGAAUUACGAAAGACAGACGCUGUUGUUGUUAAUAAUUUAUUACAAAAUGAAAACGAAAACUAUCAAUCAUUAUCGAUCAAUGCAACUUCAGAAGAUAUUUUGAAUCAAAUUUCAAAUUAUAAGGACAAUAUUAAUGUUAUUUUAGAUGUUGGAGCAUUAUUUGUCGAUGGAAUCAAUCGAGAUAUUGCUGUGAAAUGGUUGAAUCUAUCUAGAAAAGAUAAGAUCGAUUAUGUCGUUUAUUUUGAGUCAGAUUCGAUUUUUGUUUGUGAUCGUCAAUUUCAUUUCCAACCGUUUGAAACAUCUCCUGCAAGUGAACGACUAGAUCGUUGUGUAUUUUAUUUAGAUGAGAUUCAUACAAGAGGAACUGAUUUUAAAUUUCCAAAUGGAUUUCGAGCGGUACUGACAUUAGGAAAUGGAUUGACGAAAGAUCGCUUUGUUCAAGCAUGUAUGAGAAUGAGAAAAUUAGGAAAUGGUCAUUCAUUAACAUUUUGGACUUCAAAUGAAGUCCAUCAACAAAUCAUAACAUUGAAAACUCCAGUCACCAAGCAACCCAUCAGCGUAAUUGAUAUACUCCGUUGGCUUUAUCAGAAUACUGUAAAUGCAACUUGGGAAGCAUUAAAUUAUUGGGCUGAGCAAAGUUUAAGUUACCAACGAAAAUUAGACGCUUUUCAAUACAUCGAAUGGCAAAAUCAUGAAAAUAUCUUUACAAACAACAUGAUGAAAGAUUUAGCUAAUAGAUGUCUUGAACCAGAAAUAACUGAGUUAACACGGAUGUAUGGUGUAUCUAGAGAAUUGCGCACAAUAGCAGAUAAUUACAUCGGUCGAUACAAAGAGUGUAAUUAUAAAUUAUCAACCGAAACUCAUGAUGCCGUAUUGAAACGAUUAAAUGAAUAUGGCGGAACAAAACAGCGUCUAUGUCAGUUGUUAGAUGAAGAACAGCAAAGAGAAUUAGAACAAGAACUAGAAGCGGAGCAACAAUUAGCACGUCCAUUACCUGGCAAACCACAUAAACCAAUAUUAAAUGAAGAAAUCAAGAGUUUAUGUAAUGAAAAUGAUCCUAGAUUAAACUUAAGUCGAUUAUCGAAAGUAUUUCGCUCGUUAUCAUUCGCGUUCGAUAGAACCCCAUUAUUUAACGCUUGUCAACCAAGCAGCUGGCAAAGAAAUUUGUGGGUAUCCACUGAAUUUCAGCGAGUAGUUAAAAGUACAGAAGAAUCUUUAAGUUCAUUUCUAAGACCACCCCGAUGGAUUGUUGUUUAUCGUAAUGAAGACAUUAUAUUCGUUAGCGCUUUUGAAGCUAACUGGUUGAUGGGUCAAUUGCAAUCCGAUAAAUCCCUGAUCACAACAUUACGCUUGCUGUUACCUCGUACUAAGCGAGUUCAAUCAAUUUUUGUCAACACUCCAACUCUCAUGAUUCCACCAUCAAUUGAACUCCCAAAUACAAAUAUGAUUUGCUUCAUACCAAUCGAAUUGUUAGUUCAGUUAUUUGUUUUUAAUGGAACCCUCUAUUUUGAAACAGUCGACGAACAAAUAGCUUAUUGUCAAUGUCUAGGUCUAUGUCCCAAACCUUGGACAACGAAAGAAGAAGAAGCUUUUGAGAACGGGUGGAUUUCUAUUGAUGGAUUUGUGCAAAAACCAAAACAUCGUCUGCAGUUACAACUUAAUCAAGCUCGAUUCCCUUCCAAUCCACUAACAUUCAUUAAGCAACUAAUUGAAAUUCGAAAUAAUUCACAUCCACCGAUCACAUCACAUGUUGGAACUGUUUCAUUUAAGCAACCAAAGUUUUCGCCAACAGCCACUUGGGAUUCCAAUGGAAUUACCAUUGCUAAUCAAUCGAUUGUUGGUCAAUAUCCUCCCGCCAUUUUUGUGAACACAAAAAAUACAAUUUAUGUCGCUAAUCGAGACAAUGACACAAUUGUAAUGUGGCAAGAAGAAAGUGUCAAUCCGAUAAAGAUCAUUUUGGGUAAUUUUACACAACCUAGCUCUCUCUACGUGACAUCAAAUGGUGAUAUUUAUAUUGAUGAUGGAUUUCAGAAUGGUCGAGUGCAGAGAUGGAGUGCAGAAACAAAUACUUUUGUUACAAUAAUGAAUAUCAAGUUAGGAUGUUUUGGUUUGUUUGUCGAUAUUAAUGAUACUCUUCACUGUUCACUGUUUUAUGAACAUCACGUCGUGAAAAGAUCAUUGCAUGAUGAUGUGAUGACUCCAAAUCGUGUUGCUGCUGGAACAGGUAUUAGAGGAUCAGACUCGAAUCAACUUGCUGGUACUGUUGGAAUUUUUGUCGAUGUGAAUCUGGAUUUAUAUGUAGCAGAUGCUUAUAAUAAUCGUGUUCAGUUGUUUCAGUCAGGAGAAUCAAAUGGUAUCACAGUAGCUGGAAGUACAUCAGAAAAUCCAACAAUUACACUUAAUUUUCCAAGCGGAGUUAUAUUAGAUGCUGACAAACAUUUAUUCAUUGUGGAUCUAGCCAAUCAUCGCAUUGUUGGUUCAGGUUUGAAUGGUUUUCGAUGUUUAGUUGGAUGUUAUGGAGCGGGUUCACAGUCGAACCAAUUGGAGAGUCCAUUUAGUUUUAGUUUCGAUCGUUCUGGAAACAUGUUUGUUACUGAUCACGGAAAUCAUCGAAUUCAAAAAUUUUUCCUGAUGAACGAUUCUUUUGCUCUUUCAUUUAAUCAACCAAAGUUUUGUUCGACAGUCACUUGGAAUUCCAAUGGAAUUAUAUUUGCUAAUCGAUCGAUUGUUGGUCAAUAUCCUAGCGCCAUUUUUGUGAACACAAACAAUACAAUCUAUGUCGCCAAUAAGGAAAAUAACACAAUUGUAAUAUGGCAAGAAGAGAGUGUCAAUCCAACAAAGAUCAUUCACAUUGAUUUUUCAAAAUCCAAUUCUCUCUUCGUAACAUCAAAUGGCGAUAUUUAUAUCGAUGAUGGUGCAAAGAAUGGUCGAGUGCUGAAAUGGAUCGUAGAAACAAAUAUCUUUGUCACGGCGAUGAAUGUCAGCUCAUCAUGUACUAGUUUAUUUGUCGAUAUCAACGAUACACUUUACUGUUCAAUGUUUGGUCAUCAUCAAGUAGUGAAAAGAUCACUAAAUGAUGCUGUGAUGGCUUCAAAUCGUGUUGCUGCCGGAACAGGUAUUCAAGGAUAUGACUCGAAUCAACUCAGUAGUCCUAUUGGAAUUUUUGUCGAUGUAAAUUUGGAUUUAUAUGUAACAGAUUGUGGAAAUGAUCGGGUUCAGUUAUUUCAGUUAGGAGAAUUAAAUGGUAUCACAGUGACUGGAAGUGAAUCACUAUAUCCAUCAAUCACACUUGAUUGUCCAAGUGGAAUUAUAUUAGAUGCUGAAAAAUAUUUAUUCAUUGUGGAUUUUGGCAAUCAUCGCAUUGUUGGUUCAGGCUCGAAUGGUUUUCGAUGUUUAGUUGGAUGUUAUGGAAUGGGUUCACAAUCCAAUCAAUUGAAAAAUUCAUAUAGUUUUAGUUUUGAUCGUUCUGGAAACAUCUUUGUUACUGAUCACGGAAAUCAUCGAAUUCAAAAAUUUCAAUAUUUCGAAGAAUCAUGUGGUAACUCGUUAAUUAUACAAACAAUGUAUUCAUCAUCACUGACCUCGAAUAGUUCAACUUAUUUCAAAGAUUGUUCAGAGUCCGAUUCCUAUUAUGAAGCGAUACAAAUGAAUGUCAGUAUAACGGGCUAUUAUACUUUUCUAAUCAACAGCGAGAUGAAAACCAUGUACGCUUAUAUCUACACAAAUAACUUCAAUCCAUUCAAUGUGUCCGAUAAUGUCCUGAGCGGUAGUGGAGACUCUAGUAAUCAAGGUCAAUUUCAAUUCACAGCUUUUCUUGAAGCCAACACGAAAUACAUUUUCGUUAUAACAAUAUCUGCUUCAGAUGUAGAAGGACAUGUUUCAAUUCAAGGAUCUGGUCGAAGCUAUAUCGGUUUCAGUCGUAUUUGUGAGUAUCUAUAG